AGGAUCUCCUGAGGAAAUAAACGAGAUCAUCCUCCUCCACCUCCCCUGUGGCGCUUGGAGAGGAGUGUGUUGGAGAGAGUCCUGACUACAAGGAAAGCGCGAUCAAUGAAGAAGGAAACCGAUAAGUGACUAAAAGGAAAUAAUCCAAAGCUUUGUGCGCGAGACCGAAAGAGAAGGAACAAACAAACAUAUAAACUCGGAGGAAAUUCCUCCCUGUGGCCGCGCGAAGAUGGGGAACCGGGGAAUGGAGGAUUUGAUUCCGAUGGUGAACCGAAUGCAAGAUGCCUUCACCGCCAUCGGGCAAAACGCCAACCUGGACCUGCCGCAGAUCGCCGUGGUGGGCGGCCAGAGCGCAGGGAAGAGCUCGGUGCUGGAGAACUUCGUCGGGAAGGAUUUCCUUCCCCGUGGGUCUGGCAUCGUGACUCGUCGCCCUUUGGUUCUGCAGCUGAUGAACAGCCCCACAGAAUAUGCUGAAUUUCUGCACUGCAAGGGCAAAAAGUUCAUAGAUUUCGAUGAAGUCCGGCAGGAGAUCGAGGCUGAAACUGACCGCGUCACAGGGGCCAACAAGGGCAUCUCCCCUGUUCCAAUCAACCUGCGGGUGUAUUCACCUCAUGUGUUGAACCUGACGCUCGUGGACCUGCCGGGGAUGACCAAGGUGCCUGUGGGCGAUCAGCCCGCAGACAUCGAGUCCCAGAUCAAGGACAUGCUGUUGCAGUUUGUCACCAAGGAGAAUUGUCUGAUGUUGGCCGUGUCCCCGGCUAACUCGGAUCUAGCCAACUCCGAUGCUUUAAAGAUUGCCAAAGAGGUCGACCCUCAGGGCUUAAGGACAAUCGGUGUGAUCACCAAGCUCGACCUGAUGGACGAGGGGACAGACGCUAAAGACAUCCUGGAGAACAAACUCCUUCCCCUCCGGAGGGGCUACAUCGGUGUGGUGAACAGAAGCCAGAAGGACAUAGACGGAAAGAAAGACAUAAAUGCUGCUAUUGCUGCUGAGAGGAAGUUCUUCCUCUCUCAUCCUGCGUACAGACACCUGGCCGACCGCAUGGGCACACCCUAUCUCCAGAAAAUCCUCAAUCAGCAACUGACCAACCACAUUCGGGACACGCUGCCAGCUCUGCGGUCCAAGCUGCAGAGUCAGCUCCUCUCUAUAGAGAAGGAGGUAGAGGAGUACAAGCACUUCCGGCCUGAUGAUCCAUCUCGCAAAACCAAGGCUCUCCUCCAGAUGGUGCAGCAGUUCUCUGUGGACUUUGACAAGUGCAUAGAGGGCUCUGGAGACCAGAUUGACACGGCUGAACUGUCAGGAGGUGCCAGGAUCAAUCGCAUCUUCCAUGAGCGAUUCCCCUUUGAACUGGUCAAGAUGGAGUUCAAUGAGAAGGAGCUCCGCAAGGAAAUCAGCUAUGCUAUCAAGAACAUUCAUGGCAUCAGGACGGGGCUAUUCACCCCUGACUUGGCCUUUGAGGCCAUAGUAAAAAAGCAGAUCCAAAAGCUGAAGGAGCCCAUACUGAAGUGUGUAGAUAUGGUAGUGAGCGAACUCACCUCCACCAUACACAAGUGUAGUCACAAGCUGGCUCAGUAUCCGAUGCUGAGAGAGGAGAUGGAGAGAAUUGUUACCCAGCACAUCAGAGACAGAGAAAGAGACACAAAGGAACAGGUGCUGCUAUUAAUAGAUAUUGAGUUAUCAUACAUGAACACCAACCAUGAAGACUUCAUUGGAUUUGCCAACGCCCAGCAGAGGAUCAACCAAAUAAACAAGAAGAAAGCAGCCGGCAACCAGGAUGAAAUCAUGCCGGAGAGAGGAGUUAACGAUCGGUUCAAGGUCAUCAGAAAGGGAUGGCUGACCAUUAACAACAUCGGCAUCAUGAAGGGCGGAGCCAAGGAGUACUGGUUCGUCCUCACUGCUGAGUCUCUGUCCUGGUACAAAGAUGAUGAGGAGAAAGAGAAGAAGUACAUGCUGCAGGUGGACAACCUAAAGCUGAGGGAUGUCGAGAAGGGUUUCAUGUCCAGCAAACAUAUUUUCGCCCUCUUCAACACUGAGCAAAGAAAUGUUUAUAAGGACUACCGUCAGCUGGAGCUGGCCUGUGAGAGUCAGGAAGAUGUUGACGCCUGGAAGGCCUCCUUCCUCAGAGCUGGGGUUUAUCCUGAGCGUGUCACGGAAAAAGAAGGGAAGAGUGAUGGUGGGGAAGAAAACGACUCGGACAGCUUGAUGCACAGCAUGGACCCUCAGCUGGAGCGGCAGGUGGAGACCAUCCGUAACCUGGUAGACUCCUACAUGGCCAUCGUGAACAAGACGGUGCGGGACCUGAUGCCAAAGACCAUCAUGCACCUCAUGAUCAACAACACCAAGGACUUCAUUAAUGCGGAGCUGCUGGCACAGCUGUACUCCUGUGGAGACCAAAACUCCUUGAUGGAGGAGUCUCAGGAGCAGGCGCAGCACCGUGACGAGAUGCUGCGGAUGUACCACGCCCUGCGUGAGGCCCUCCUGAUCAUCGGGGACAUCAGCACAACCACCGUCAGCACGGCCAACCCCCCACCGGUGGAUGACUCCUGGCUGCAGGUGCAGCGGGGGAGUCCCGGGGGAAGAUCUCCAGCAACUAGUCCCACUCCCAACCGAAGGGCUCCACCGGGACCUCCAGCUCGUCCCGGCUCCCGCGGCCCGCCGCCCGGGCCUCCUCCUGCAGGAGGUCCUCCUGUUCCAUCUCGCCCCGGACCUUCUCUGGACCACGCCGGGCCACCACCCACCGUGCCAUCCCGCCCGAACCGCGCACCCCCGAGCGUGCCGAGCCGGAGACCCCCGCCCUCUCCAACCCACUAAACCUAGGAGCUCCUUCCUCCUCCUCUCCUCCUUCCUCCUCCUCCUGACGAACGGCCCAAAGACCACCUCCCCGUUGCCUUCUGCCUCACCUGAACCACGCCUCUCCUGCUCCCGUCUCACCUGUAGAAACUCUUCUUUUUCUCACCCACGCUGAAUACUUGAACCCCAUUUGCACGACCUGGAAACACAACUUACUCUCCAAUUUAGACUGUUAUAGGAGGCCAAGGGGUUACUGAAUAAACAUUUAUAGAAUAUAGAUGCAAAAACAACACAGGUGUUUGUCUUUUUAAACCAAGCAGGGUAAACUUUCACAUAUUUAGCAUGAUGAUAUAAUAUUUUAAAGAAGUAUUCUCCCAUUUUUUUUCAUUUUUGAAGUUAUUUAGGGAAACACUUUGCCUAAAAACAAAAGUUUGUGUCAUGCUGCAUUGCUUCUUAUGCAGAAUAAUUCAGUUUUUUUUUCUUUUUUUUGCUGUGCAGCAUUAAAAUUAACAGAUGCAAACCUCAUGUGACAUAUUUCCUCAAAGGAAGUGAUGGAAAUCUAAGAUGAAGUGAAAAUGCGCUGUCAUGAAAUUACAGGUUUUUAUUUUUGUUUUAUGUUUUUGUUAGGAAUUGCACUCCUGAAUCAAAGCUAAUUUUCCCAAUUUUUUGCAGAAAAAACAAUAAAUUACUUCUUGUUUGACGAAAAACUCAGAAGGAGCUUUUAUUUUGUAGCAUUAACAUUUUUUUUGUAUUUUAAAGUUUAAAAUCAUAUUUCCAUUGCAGUGUUUCUCCAGUUUUUUGUCGGUUUUCUUUUCUUAUGUGAAUAGAAUAUACAAUGUCACAGAAUGACAACAAAUACACGGAUUGAAUUGUCAUAACCUUCAGAAACUUAGUACCUCUUAAAUUUUUUUGUCUAAAACUCAUGUUACAGUUUUUCUCCAAGCUUUUCUCAAAACCUAUGCAAAAAAAUUAAUGAGAAAUAGCUAAAAAAUGAUGCCUCUUUUCCCUUAUUUUCCUUCUCUCUUGUUCAGGGAACACUAUUUACUACUUAAAUAUAAUAGAAUGUACAAAAUGUUCUUUGGUUACGUCCAAACAUGCAGGAAUCAAGAAUAUUAACACUUGAAAGGACAGAACUUUGACUCCUAGAUUGCAAUGAAAGGCUGUUAGGAAUUAGAGGGACUCAGGUGCCUAAAGGGGAACUCAUGGCCUUGUGACCUUUCAGUCAAGGUCGAUGACAUUAUGCAUAAGAGGUUUUUGAUAUUCAGAACAGUUGAUGAUCUGCUGCUUUCUUUUUCCUCCCUUCUUUUGUUCUUUUCUUCCUCCUCUCAGUGGUCAUGGGGGUGAGUGAGAGCCUGCAGUCUAUGCAUUGAACUAGCUUCUGUUUCUCCUUCACAUCGCUGAGUCAAACCUGUCUUUUUUUUGUAUGUAACCACUGAUCUCGUCGUGAUUGAUUGUACUUUGUUUCCAUUGCACUUAUAAAAAAACAAAGACCUUUGUAUUGUAACUGAGUCAUUUUGAAGAUAUCCACUCCUUGUGCAUCUUUGUGCCCCAUAAACACAGCAAAGCAUAUUGUGCAACCUUUCAGUUAGUUUACAUAUCUUUAUGUGAUCUUAUGUAUGUGUAUGGUGCAUCCUAUCAGACUUGUAAUCCCAAUGUUUAGAAAGUUUAGUCUCCGCUGUGUGAAACAGCUCAAUACUUAAAUUAUUACAAAUAUGUGUAUGAAAUACUGAAUACAAAAAUAAAUAAAGAUGUGAACACUGGCAGAUUAUUAUUUUGAUUUCCUUUCAAAAUGAUGCAUUAUCAUAUCAACACAUUAGAACCGUGAGUGUGCCGUAAAAAUCUGUGAUUUUUCCUUUGUCACCAGACCGUCAUUAAGCAGGAUCAGGAAAAGGAAACAGGAGUGAGUAUAUGUUGCACCACAAGAGGGCGCCAAAGCACAUUCAGAUUUCUGGAGGAAUCUAGUGACAUCCUCAUCAACUAUUCUUAUUAAAGCAGUAUUGGUACUUGAUCAGAAAACAAUAAGAGCAAUUCCGCUCUUUAACUUAACUGGGGAGGAAAAAAAAAAAAAAACAAGUAUUCAUAUUGGAAAAGUUGAAUGUCUCCCUUCAUAUUACAUUAGAUAUGUUUAGCCAGAGAUGGAUUGAAGUAAAAUAAUAUUUAUAUAUAUGUUUUUCGAGGUUCUUUAAUGAAUAACCUAAUACACAUUAUGUCUUAAGAUCAAAGCUCAGUGAAGAUCUAUUAUUUUUUUCUCCUUUUCUAUUGCUAAACAUCCCAUGUUUGUGGUUUUGUUUGAAUCAUCAAACCUUAAUAAAAAAAAUGAAAAUGUAUACAUAAAAAUAAUGCAAAAGCACAACAUAAAAGCAAGAAAUAAAAAAAUGCCAAGCAGAGACUGACUAACGUCCUUAAUAUAAAUUAUUUCUAAAUUUCCAACUGUUUAAGAGUCAUUAUAGAACAAAUUAAUUCAGUUUCCUUUAUUUAAAAUGUAUUUGCAUAUGAAAAUGCCACAAAUAACACAGACACCAAGAUGCUCAAUCAGUUUUAUUCAGGAGAAUCAAGAGAAAAUAUUACUCAAGAAAAAAAAUAAAAAUAAAAAUCAAAGAGCUCCCGUCAGAAGCAGCAUUCAAAAAUAUUUAACCAGGUCUCUUAAUGAUCCUUCAUUCCCAUCCUACUCUUUUCUAGUUUACAAUAAAACUGAUUAGUUUCAGUACUAACUUAUUCCAAAUAAAUAUUUUCUUUUUUUUUUCCAUCUUUGUAUUAAAUCACACCAGUCAGUAACAGCCAACACCCCAACCCUGUACUAACACUCACUCACUCACACAGGCAGAGCAGCGCCCCCCCAAACACACACCAGGCAUAAUGAAUGUACAAUAUAUUACACUGUUACAGUAUAUACACCACUGCUGUUACAUCAAGGACAAUAAAUGCUUCCACUGCUUUACAUGUUAAGCAGACGAUUAUCCAAAAAAAUCCCCAUUUUUGUAUUUCACAAACUCCAAAAGGAUUUUUACAUCUUUGACCGCUAAACCCCCAAAUAAAGUAAACAAUUGAGAAAAAAAAA